AUGACGGGAGGCAACGGGGGCCCGGUGGCGGAGGGAGGGGAUGAGAAUGGCGGGGCACCAAGGCUGGACCAUCUUGCCGCUCACCAGGAGAAAUUUCAGGUGGAUGGCUUCUACAAGGCCCUGCAGCGGGGUGGGAGCAAGCUGUCUCGCAUCUUCUCCCUCAGGCCGCCCAAGGGCGGCCAGGCCGCGGGGGCGCCAGGGGAUUUCAGCUUGGAGGACAUGUUGAUGUUUUCUCCGGACCCAAUUCCAACGUCCCUUCUAAAGCUAAGCAAUGACUACGCAAGCAGGGCUGUGAAGAUGUUCAGUGGGAUCCUGAAGUACAUGACGCGGGGCCAUGAAUUCGCCUCGGAGCAGCAGCGCAUAGAGAUCAUUCAGAAGCUGCUUCACCAGGGUCUCAAACGCCCGGAGCUUAAGGAUGAGUUGUACAUGCAGCUCGUCAAGCAGACACGGGGCAAUCCGACUGUUGAAGGCAGGAUGAGAGUGUGGGAGUUGUUCAAUAUUGUGGCCUCCACCAUGCCACCAUCCAAGGAUUUUGUGGGAGUGGUGUCGGAACACAUCCACUCUUACACGGAGAGUGCUCAGGAGGAUGCUGGUGUAAAGGACCUUGCUUUCAAGGCCUGGAAUGCGUUGAAGAGGUCUGCAAAGGCUGGGGCUCGCACAACGCUGCCUUCCGUGGAGGAGAUUGAGGUGUUGCUGAAGAACCGUCGCCUGACGUGCAUUGUCUUCUUCCUGGAUGAGACUUUUGAGGAGCUGUCCUACAACAUCACAACAACCGUGCUGGAGGCUGUGGAACAGCUGGCCAGCAUCAUCAAGCUCCAAAACUACUCCACCUUUACCCUGUUUGAAUGCCGCAAGCCACCUGGACCCAGGGGCCCUGACGAUGUGCUGGCGGAUGAGCACAUGAUGCUGGACGACAACAGAUACAUAGCAGACAUUCUGUUUGAGUUCAAGAACUCGAAGGCUGCGAGGGAGGGCUUUCAGAGCAAGUUGCUGCUGAAGAAGAGGAUGUUCAGGGAAACAGAUGAGACGAUCACUGAGCCUCAAUUCGUCAACCUGUCAUAUAUCCAAGCGCAGUACGACUACCUCAUGGGCAACUAUCCUGUGGUGCGGGAAGAUGCAGCCCAGCUGUGUGCACUGCAGAUGCAGGCAGAGUAUGGAUCUUCAUUGAUGGACAGUGAAGACGAAGUCGCCAUUGCUAUCGAGAAGUACAUCGCAAAGCAGGCACUGGUUACGCGAUCCCGUGAUGAGUGGCGACAGGAUGUGAUGUGCCGUUACCGCUCCCUUGAGCAGUUCUCCAAGGAAGAUGCACGUCUGCAGUUCCUGCGCAUCUUGAGGAGCCUCCCAUAUGGCAACUCCAUUUUCUUCUCUGUGAAGCGCAUUGAGGACCCAAUCGGCUUGCUGCCAUCCAAGUUGGUCCUGGGCAUCAACAAGCGUGGUGUGCACUUCUUCCGCCCUGUGCCCAAAGAGUACCUGCACUCUGCAGAGCUGCGCGACAUUAUGCAAUUUGGCUCGAGCACCCAGGCCGUGUUUUUCAAGAUGAGGGUUGCGGGUGUUCUGCACAUUUUUCAGUUUGAGACCAAACAGGGGGAGGAUAUUUGUCUGGCUCUCCAGACGCACAUCAAUGAUAUCAUGAUGAAGAGAUACUCAAAGGCCAAGGCCAUGGCUGCUGCUGAAGGCAAGCAGGUGGCUCGGGACAGUGGGCCCAAGUACGAGAAGCAUGUCAACCAGAUGCAGAAGAUGCUGGAGGACUCCACCAAGCAGAUCGAGGAGCUGCAAAAGCGAGAGGAGGAGAUGCGGCGCCAGAAGGAUAAAGUCGCAGAGGAGCUGGAGGAGGCCAUGGAACGGCUCAAGGCAGAGGAGGACGCCUGUGCUGAGGUGCUGGACCUCAAGGGCAAGCAAGAGAAGGAGCUCAAGGCACUGGAGGAACAGCUGGUGCAGGCCAGGGAGGAGCUUGGGGCUGCAGAGGCUGUGAAGGCCGCUGCCGUGGAUGCCGCUAAGGAGGCAGCGGAUGCUGCAAAGGUUAAGGAGCUGGAGAUUGGCAUACAGAAGAAAUGCGAGCACCUCCAGCAGCUGAACGACAGGGUCCAGUCUCUUGAAAAGCAGUACAAGCAGGCCUCCAAGGAGAAGGAUCUCAUGGAAAAGAAGAUGCAGCGGCUGGAGAAGUCUCGGGAAGCUGAGACACAGGAGCUGAGGGAGAAGCUGGAUGUGGCGCAGGGCACUGUUUCUGAACAGAUGGAGGAAAAGGAGGCCAAGAUAAUGGAUCUGAUGGAGGAACUUGGAAAGAUGGAGGAGCUGUACCAGGCCAACAAGCAUGAGCUCGAGCAGAUCCGAACAGACCUCAAUGAGCUGGAGGACCUUAGGGAGAUGAAGGCGGAUGUGGAACGAAAAGAAAAGCAGCAGAAGGCCAUUAUUGGAAACCAGAUGAAGAGGCUUGAUGAGUUGCAGGUUCUGCACAAGGAUGAACAGAUGCUCAGGAAGAGGUACAUGAGCAUGAUGGAGGAGAUGCAGGGUAAAGUGCGUGUCCACAUGCGCAUCCAGCCCAGUGAGGAAGCAGUUAACGCUGUGGAGGUGGUUGAUGAGUUCACCAUCACACAGACAGCAGCUGUGGCAGAGGAGGGUGAGAUGGGCAACGAGUACGCCUUCGAUCAGGCUUAUGGACCAGCAGACAGCAAUGAAAAGGUGUUUGAGAAUGUAAAGCACUCUGUGGAGCAUGCCAUCGAUGGCUUUAAUACCUGCGUGGUGGCGUGGGGCCUCUCGGGUUGUGGCAAGACGACAACCCUGUUUGGGUCGAGUGGCAAGGAUGGACUUGUGCAGACAUCGGCCCACAAGCUGUAUCAGGUGGUGCGGAAGAGGGCCAAGAAGUACAAGUACAGUGUGAAGUUGUCCAUGAUGAAGGUGGCCAACGAGGAGAUUGUUGACCUCCUUGUGCCUCCCAAUCAGGGGCGGCGCAGGCUGGAUGUGAAGAAAGACUGGAAGGGGGUAACAGUCGUCUUUGGGGCACAGUCGCUGUCUGUGGCAUCAGAGGCUGAACUCGUCCAGGGGAUGGUGAGUGCCAUGAACAAUGUGCCUCCAGGCCAAGACCCCUCCGACUCUGCGCUGGUGAUAAGUUGGCACAUCGAAGGCGAGAACAUAGAGACGCAGUCUGUUUCCAAGGGAAGGCUCACCAUCUAUGACCUCCCAGGAUGUGACAGGGACCUGCCGUGCAUCAACGCCCUCCACAGCGUGGUGGAAGCCGUGGAGAAGAACAAGCCUGUCAUCCCCUACACCGCCAGCCCCCUCACCAUGCUCAUGAGCGACUGCUUGGGUGGCAACGCGAAGACCCUCAUCCUGAUGCACGUGCUCCCAGGUACUGGUGCCUGGCCGGCCACGGAGGCCUGUCUGCAGUUGGGCCUCAAGAUGCGCAACAUCAAGAAUGGGGCACACAAGAAUGAGGUCAAUCGCGAUAUACUGAAACUGCAGAAGGUGCUGGAUUCGUGGAAGGAGCAGGCGGGCCUGCCACACCACCUCUUUGAGGCAGUGGACCUGCUGGAGAUAACGGACUCCAGGGAAACUCCGGAGUGA